CAGUGCUUCAGCUGGUAUAUUGUCUGGUACAGCCGCGUUGCCAUUCCUGAUUUGUUUGAUGGUCUUGCCAAUUUCUUUUAUUGUUGGUGGGGUCCUGUCUACAGGGAGAUCUGUGUGUGUUGCUCCGAUUUUCGGUGAGUUUAGUGGCUGUGGUCUAUUUAAGAGCUCUUUAAAGUGUCUUACCCACCUAUUCCGUUGCUCUCAAACUUCAGUGAUUGGUUUGCCUCCUAUGCUCUUUGACUGUGUUUCCCUGCUAACUUCUUGCUUGUAUCACACAGUUCCUUCGAUUUCCUUCUCCUUCAGCUUUUUCCGCCAUAGUACCCGAGUCUUUUACAUCUUUCCUCUUGUCAGCUUUAAUUCUUCUCUUCACUCGGUUCUUUGCUUCUGUAUAUGCGACCUGUUUCUUGCCUUGAUCCGCUUUUUUCGUGUUCUGUAUUCUUGUUUUCCCAUUUUGAAUUUUGCCUAGGGUAUCGAUAGUGACCCACUCUUUAUCCUGGUGCUUCUUGCGGCCCACCACCUCCCAGUAUGUUGAACUUACUGUUUUUUUAACUUUUUUCCGACUAUUUUCCAUAGUGGUUUCUUCUAGUAGUUCUUGUGAGACUUGAAUUUCGGUGUUGACAGCUAUCUCGAGUUCGUUGAGUAUGUCAGUAUCUCGACGGAGUCAGUCAGUCAGUCAGCUACAA